AUGGCCACCACCGAGCAUCCGAACACUCCCCCCAUCGAACAGCCCAACAUCGAGGAAGCAGCGCAGGCAGACAUCGAUACUUCCGAGCAACCUAAAGGCAAGCCGCCCAGCAUCGAGCUGCCUUCGACGACUAGCAUCAUUGCCUAA